UGUGCAUUAGACCUGGCGCAGCUUAUAUGAGAUUUUUUUUUUUUUGGAAUUUUGAGUACGGGGAUUGGUCAAAUAUGCGAUUCGAUGUAAUAAUUCAUGUGGUAAAUUUUUAACUCGAUCAGAGUGUGCCAACCUGUGCCAUAAUGAGGUCAAAGGUCAAAAUAUAGAAAAACACUUGGUUUUUUUACUGUUAUCUGUUUAUUUAUUAUAUAUAGAAUGUAAUGACCUCAUUUUUUCUCAAUAUUUUGCACAAUAAUUUUUUCUAUAUGUCCAAUGAUAAGAAAAUUUAUAAAUAUUAGAAAAGAGUAAAUUAGUAAAAAUUCCAUUGAACUGAGGCGGGCCACUGACUACACAAAUUAUCUGCACAAGACUGUUGUUGGAAUUGAGUGGAAUUGCGUUCACUGAGUUCACAACAACAAAUUACUCGAAUGUAAUGUAGUCAGUGGCCCGCCUAACGGUAAAUUCAUACAUUACCGUUCACAUACGCCAAUGUUGAUAAUUAGACAGACUGAGACGUGCAAAUAGAGCUUUUAAUAUUUUGUCAUUGCGAAAUUGACUGUGGUUAAGAAAGGGUCUUUAUUAAAAUAAUUAAAAAUAGUAAAAGUUAUACUGCAAUAUCGUGAUGGCUGUAAAUAAUUUUGUUACACUUAGAUCUGCUGACGCAAAUGUAUAUUUGAUAGGAAAAUGUGAAAAAAAUAUACUUGGAAGCAAGUUACCGUCAAAACUACAAGUGCUGAAAUGUUUUUUUUACUAUGUGCGGUGUGAAAAGAAAACAAUUAAGGAAAGUGCUAAAUUGGCUUCGAAGGAAAUAUUGCCUUUUUGGGAAAGAGCACGUAUUCCAACGUUAAACAAAAGAACUUGUGACGAUAAAUUAGUGAAAUUAUAUGAUGAGUGGAGAACUGUACAGAAAUUUUGUACAUCUUCGUUUCCUAGUUCUCGUAAAAAGGAAAAUGAUUUCAAUGAUAAUUUGAACAAUUUAUUCGAUAUUGCACAUGCUGAUGCUUUAGAAAUGAUAGCUAUUCCUGAGGACCGAGACUUUUUAAUUAAACAAAGAGAACCGGGUCGUGUUGGGAGCAUGAUUUCUAUAGAUCAAUGUCUCGCAAAUAAAGAAAAACGGAAGGCGCAAAGGUUAGAAGAAGAAAAUCGACGCAGAGCAAAGUAUCAAAGAUUGGAAAGCACUCAAGAGUUGAGUGUAGACUAUGAUGUAAGUGACGAAAGUAAAUGUGAGUCUGAAAAAUCUGUAGAACAGUUGAGGAUCGUAUCAAACACCAACGAGCUGAAAAAAAAACGUGGUAAAAAAAGCUUCAUAGAUGAUAGAAUGCUUGCUUGCAUGGAUGCUGGCAAUAUGUCAACCCCACUCGCAAUUCAUUUUAUUAUUGCAACAGCUAAAGCUUUGGGUCACAAUAUUGAAGAUCUGGUUAUUAAUUGUACAAGUUUGAGAAAACAGCGCAAGGAAUAUCGUCGGCGUCAUGGUACAGAAAUUAUUGAGAAUUUCAAGAUCCCUGAUACAUUUGUGUUACACUGGGACGGUAAACUACUUCCUGCAAUGACUGGAAAGGAAAAAGUAGAACGCCUAGCUAUUGUUUUAACGGCAGAUAAUAUAGAAAAAUUAAUUUCCAUCCCAAUUAUUGAAUGUGGAACUGGUGAAGCAAUCGCCCAGUCCAUAUAUAAUUACUUAGAAAAAAUGAAUAUGAUAAAUUCGGUGGAAAUGGUAUGCUUUGACACGACAGCUACAAACACUGGUAAACGUAACGGGGCUGGAAUGUUGCUGGAACAAAAAUUGAAACGUAGCUUGUUGUGGUUGCCAUGCAGGCAUCAUAUUGCAGAAAUCAUACUACGAGCUGUAUUUGAAAUAUAUUUUGGAAAAUCUUGUGGCCCGGAAGUUGCCAUAUUUGAACGUUUUUCGCGGGAAUGGAACACUUUCAAUUUAAAAGAUUUUUCAAUUGGUAUCAUGGAUGAAGAAGUGCGACGUGCUAUAAGUGCAGAGGAAUGUGAAGCCAAUAAAGAAUUUUGCAUCAAAAAUAUAGCAAAAGACCACAUUCGCCAUGAUUACAAAGAGCUAUUGCAACUCAUGUUUAUUUUCUUAGGUGGCAGCAUCCCGAACUUUUCCUUUCGUGCACCUGGCGCGACGUCACAUGCCAGGUUUAUGUCAAAAGCGAUAUAUGCCUUAAAAAUGUUUGCUUUGCAAAAACAAUUUAAAAUGUCUUCCAGCCAUUUGAAUGGAUUCCGCAAUGUGUGUAUUUUCCUGGUGCGUCUUUAUAUUCCGUAUUGGUUUCGAACUACUAAUGCAGUCGAAGCACCAAAUUUGGAUUUGCAGCUGAUAAAAAACAUUGCCGGUUAUUACGACCCAAAAAUAUCUCUAGCCUUAUUAGAUAAAAUGAAAAACCACUUAUGGUAUCUGUCCGAGGAAGCCGUUGGUCUCGCCUUUUUCGAUUCUAAUGUGGACUUAAAUGUGAAAAGAAAGAUGGUUGAAGCACUAGCAUUAGAAAAAGAGUUUGAAAGCAAUGACGACAAUGGCGUUUAUCUUCGUAAAAAUGUAAAUGCCAGCAUUGAAGAAAUGAAAGCAUUCAUAAGUAAAGAUUUAAGUUGUUUUGUAACGCAAAGAACUAGAAAUAUCUUUUCACGAUUGGAAAUAGACGUAAAAUUUUUCAACUUAGAUCCCUCAAACUGGUGCGAAAAUGCAGAAUAUUUAAAAGGUGUUCAAAUUCUCAAAAACGUCACUGCUGUUAAUGAUUCUGCUGAGAGGAAAGUAAAACUAAUAACAGAUUUUAACCGGUCUUUAACUCAUAGCGAAGAAGAUAAACAAUACUUGCUUCAUAUUGUCGAGAACUACAGGCAAAAGUUCCCUUCAUAUACUAAAACUUCGCUUUUGUAAUAUUAUUGAGACAUAUAUUAAUGAUUGAAAUGCAAAUUGUGGAAAAAUUGCGUCAUUUUAUUUUUUCUUUAAUAAAUAAACAGAUAACAGUAAAAAAACCAAGUGUUUUUCUAUAUUUUGAACUUUGACCUCAUUAUGGCACAGGUUGGCACACUCUGAUUGAGUUAAAAAUUUACCACAUGAAUUAUUACAUCGAAUCGCAUAUUUGACCAAUCCCCGUACUCAAAAUUCCAAAAAAAAAAAAUAACGCCAGGUCUAGU